AUGCGCCCGAAAGCUCCCCGGCGAGAUUCGAGAGCAGAAGGAUCUGUGUCCUGCUCCUCUCGCGAGAGGCGGUAUCCACACGCCACGUCAAAGGUUACCAUCCUGGCGCUGAGUGACAGGCGCUACAACAAACGGUCGCGCUGCGCCUCGCCAGGCCGGAGGCCCCCAGACGGCUGUACUCCGGCGCUGAGGCUGUGCAGUAGCGGACCGCCAGAGAGGCUGUUAGCAAUAGAACCCGCGAGGCAGGCCGUGUUCGUUUGUAUCUACCCUGCCUAUUUGAACAACAAGAAGACCAUCGCGGAGGGGAGGCGCAUCCCCGUCAGCAAGGCUGUUGAAAACCCUACAGCUACAGAGAUUCAAGAUGUCUGCUCAGCAGUUGGACUCAACGUGUUCCUUGAGAAAAAUAAAAUGUACUCUAGAGAAUGGAACCGCGAUGUUCAGUACAGAGGCAGAGUCCGGGUGCAGCUCAAACAGGAGGACGGCAGCCUCUGUCUCGUGCAGUUCCCCUCAAGUAAGUCAGUCAUGUUGUACGCAGCGGAGAUGAUACCUAAACUAAAAACACGGACACAGAAAACCGGAGGAGCUGACCAAAGCCUUCAGCAAGGAGAAGGAAGUAAAAAAGGGAAAGGGAAGAAGAAGAAGUGACUUGGCACGAGCGUCGAGUUCAUGUACUGCCACAGGAGACACGAGUGGAGGGUUCUCAUUCGUAUCCGAGAGAAACAGAAGCUUUUGUUGCCAUCAUUUAACUGAACUCCGAACAUCUGUGCCUCCAUCUUUAGCUUUGGAGUUGACGGUGAAAUAAGUUAACAUCAGAAGUUUGCAUCUAGCUUUUCUGGAGUAUAGGAAUUGUUUUGUCUUUCAAUGAUGAGGUUUUAUGGAAGAAGUAUUUUUAAAUGGCCAAUGAACUAUGCCAUAAGUUCAUUGAAAUCUGUAUCUAUUUCUCUUCUAUGUAACAUGUUUCAGGUAAAUAAGUGUAAUAAGACUUGAAAUACAUGUUUUGCUCACCUUUUAAGUUAAUGAAAUAAAAAUCUGAAACUGACUCCUGUAGUUUUUGUGGAUCGAGUGCUUACUGCCAGCAAGGGGUCAGUGAAGAGAGCGAGGUUACCAAGCCGUGAAGGCCG